GAGGGCUCGACGGCAUAAAAACACAUUACUGCUGUCAUCGCAACGGUAGUACCGCCUCAAAAUACUCCUCUCGCUGCCCAGAAGCGGACGCAACACAGCCGCUAGUGUGCGACGCCACGCCACCCACCACAACCCACUGCUCACAAGUGUGCAGCAUCACAGCGAAGGCGGCGUAGCGCGAGACGUACAAACAGAUGGAGUUCGACUUCGACGACGACGACAACAUCGCUUCUGCACCGGCAGCACGCCCGCCGACGCCGCCGCCCGGCCUCAAAGCGAAGCGGCCGCCGACGCCGCCGCCGGGCCUGAACAAGAAGCGCCCGCCGACGCCGCCGCCCGCGAAGGCCACGGGACUCCUCCUCGAGUUCGACGACGACGACGACAUCGUCGCAGCCGAGGCGCCGCCGGCGAAGAAGGCGCGGCCCGCGCCGAGCGAGCCGCCCACGGACGCGCCCUUUGCCCCCGCCGACGCAUAUGACGGCUCGCGGCCGGGCUACGUGUUCAAGAAAGGCGACCACGGAUUGGGCUACUACAAGGACACCGUACCAACAAAACCAAAGAAGAAGAAGAAGUCCGUGUCGUUCAAGAAGACCGAGCAGACCGUGGACGCGGCGGCGACCGUGAAACGAGUGUGCGCCAUCCUGAAGAGCAGCGCGCGGACGAACGCCGCGAAGGCGUCCAAGGCCCUGGCCAUGCUCGCGACGCUCGCGGGGGUCGACGGCGGCGUGACCGAGGAGACGGCGCCCUUGUACGUCGACGCGCUGCGGUCCUUCGCGGCGUCGGGCGCCGUCUCCGACGGUUUGGUGGGGCCGCUGGGCGACGCCGUGGAAGCUUUAGGGAAGGCGGACCGAAGUAGUUUUGGCGUCGACGACCGCGUCCAGGUCGCGACGUGGCGCCUGUCGUUACGGACGGCGCGCACCUUACGGGAGACGGACGACACCUACGACUUCUGCGCGGCGAUGAAGCGCGUGCACAAGGCCGUCGAGGCGCUGGGUUUGGACGAGAGCGACGCCGCGGUCCAAAGAAGGGACGCGAUCGUGCACUGCCUCAAGAGCGGCUGGGCGGCCUACGAGUCCAAGCCCUGGGCGAAGACGCCGGUCGAGGCGGCGGUCCUGGCCUGCGCCGAGCGGCGGCACCUCUUCUCGGAGGCGCAGCGGACGCGCAUCGACCGGCUGACGACGCAGGUCAAAUCAAAGCAGCGGGGCCUCUGUCGCGUGGAGACGGCGCCCGUCCGCGACGUCGACGACACGAGCCACCCGCUGCGCGAGGUCCGCGGCUAGUAUACGGCUAGUACAAUGUAACAAAC